UUUGUCUUCUCUCUCUGUUACCAAAAGGAUGCCAAUAAAAGGUGGAAAUUUGGUUGGCCCUUAAUCUGAUGAUGGCUUAUCAAUGUACAAACUGAGGUGGGGCUUUGUCUGAUAAGCUUUGGGUAUAUGAAGCCAUUGCCCUGGUCUAGUAGUUAGCUAUUGCUGUCAAUUGAACUGUUUAUGAAAUCUUUAUCUUUGUUUACUCUGUCUUCCAUCAUCCUUCACUUUCCUGUACAUAAUUCUUUUUUUAGUGACAUUAAUCAUAGUAUUGUAAUCAUGCAAACCCUGAUGGAGAGGCUAAGACCCCUUGUAGGUAGUAAAAGCUGGGACUAUUGUGUUCUCUGGAAAUUGAGCCAAGACCAGAGAUGUAUUGAAUGGGUGGACUGCUGUUGUGCUGGGACUGAGAACAAUCAAAAUGGUGGAGAAGAACACGUCUUUCCAUGUAGGGACACCUUAAGUCCACACCCACGAGCCAGUUCUUGCGAUCUUCUUGCUCAGCUGCCAUGUUCAGUGCCGCUGAAUUCUGGGGUUUAUAUACAGACAUUGUUAUCAAAUGAACCUAGAUGGCUACUCUUCUCCAAUGGCACGGAUUCAACCGCACUGGAAGAAACAAUGGGGACCAGGGUAUUAAUUCCAUUUCCAUUUGGAUUAGUGGAGCUGUUCGUUGCUAAACAUGCGUCUGAAGAUCAGCACGUCAUAGAUUUUGUUACAACUCAAUGCAGCAUUUCGAUUGAGCAGGGAGCUAUUAUUAAUUCAAGCAAUAUGGAUACAAGUUUCUCUGUUGAUGUAAAUGCAACCAACGAAAUCCAAUCAAAGCCAUUUGUAGCAGAUCAGAAUGUUGUAAUAGAGGAUCCUGAAAAUCAAUUUGAGGCACCAGGUUCAACCGCACCAACAUUAGAAAAUGCCAAUGUGGGUUAUGAAAUCUCAUUAGACAGAAUCCGCCUCUGUAGUUCUCCUAUGAACUUCUUGCAACAGUUCAAUUAUAGCUCAGAAAACAGAAACAAGAACGAAAUCUUCCAUGAAUGUUCACAGGAUGCAUUCCAUACUGAUAAGCAGGGAAACCCUUACAAGUUUUCAGCAGAAAAUGAGUUCCAAGAGGUGGAUAUAAUGCAGGGGUCCUUAAUGAACAACACAUCAAACAUUCAUAUGCAGUUCAAGGAGAACACUGAAUGUAAGGAGCAGCAAGGGGAAGAAAAGGACUUGGUCAAAAAUGAAAAUGGAAGGUCUGAUUCAGUCUCUGAUUGCAGCGAUCAGAUCGAUGAUGAAGAUGAUGCGGUUGCGAAGUACCGCCGGAGGACUGGGCAGGGUCCUCAAUCAAAGAACCUUGUUGCUGAGAGGAAGAGAAGAAAGAAACUUAAUGAGCGGCUGUAUAACCUGCGAGCAUUGGUUCCCAAAAUUUCUAAGAUGGACAAAGCCUCAAUACUUGGUGAUGCAAUUGAUUUUGUGAAGGAGUUGCAAAAGCAAGUCAAGGAACUCCAAGAUGAACUGGAAGAACAUUCAGAUGAUGAAAAUGGUAAGAUUGUAGUUACAGGAAACGAUGGAAACAAAACUAGCGUCCAGCUACCUGAGUUUUUGAGCCAAAAUGAUAAAGCUCAAAACAGUUACCAUAUAGGAGUUCUAGGAAGUGGAAGCCUUUUGAAGCAAAAUCAUCAGGACACUGAAGGUACUAACAAUGACAAGACACAACAGAUGGAGCCGCAAGUGGAAGUGGCUCAGAUUGACGGGAACGAGUUCUUCGUGAAGGUUUUUUGUGAGAACAAGCGAGGUGGGUUUAUGAGGUUAAUGGAGGCCUUAAACGCUCUUGGGUUGGAAGUCACAAAUGCAAAUGUGACCAGCUAUAGAGGCCUCGUAUCUAAUGUUUUCAAAGUUGGGAAAAAGGACAGUGAAUUGGUUCAAGCGGAUGAUGUAAGGGACUCCUUAUUGGAGAUAACAAAGUACCCAUGCAGAGGGUGGUCUGAAAUGGUUAAGCAACCAGAGUGCAGCGUAAGCCGCAUGGACUACCAGACCCACCCCCAUACCCACCAGCACCAGCACCAGAUCCAGCAUCCAUUUCUAGACAAAGCUAUCAAUUCACGCCUCCACCUCCUUGAUGAUUAAUUAACAAAUCUUCUUCCCAGCCAAGGCACUAAUUUCAGACUAUAUCUAUUUGUUUUCAUUUCUAGUUCAUAGUACACACACCACAAUAAAAAAAUAAAAACGAUAAACACGCAAAUUCCA